GGCACACGCACACAAACACACAUGCACACACACACACACACCCAAACAUACAAACACACGCAUAGAGAGAGCCAGAAAACAACUGGGGAGGGUUAGACAGGAUCACAGAGAGCCACCGUGACAGAAAGCUGAAAAGAGAGACACAGAGAUCAAGGUCAACAGAGCAGGCAAGAGAGAAGGCAGAGACACAGACAGAGAGAUAGGAGCAGAAAGUGAAAAGUGGAGGGAGGAGCAACAGGAGCUUUGAUCUCUGCUCUCUCCUGGCCCUCCAGGGAUUGGGCCAGAGCUCAGGGGAGGAAAAGAAGACCCUUUCUGUCUGUUUCCCCUUGCCCAGUCCUUCAGCCCCAAGAGCUUCGAUGUCUACCAUGGAAGCAGGGGGUGCUGGACUUUUCGGCCAGGCCCUGGAAGUGUUUGGCCUGAACCCUCUGGGAUAUGUUCCCUCCCGGGAGGAAACCCCUCCAGGAUCAGCUCCCCUCCCGGCCGGGAAGCUGAAGAGACAUCGGACCAAGUUUACUUCCAGACAACUGGUUAAGCUUGAGGAAGUCUUUGAAGGAAACCAGUACCCCGAUGUCUGGUUUCGGGAGGCUCUGGCCCGAGACCUAGGGCUCGAUGAGAUCCGUGUUCAGAUAUGGUUCCAGAAUCGCCGGGCCAAGCAGAGGAAGCAGAAGUGUUCACUGCUCCCGGACCUGAACCUGUUGCCUUUUGACAACCUGAACAGCUUCCUUCCUGAACCCCAAAUAGCCCAACCCAAUUUCUUCCCAAAUUCUGAGCUCAGAGAGCCUCAAUUUCCACAUCCCCAUGACCCCAACCUGUUUUCUAAGGAGAGUCUCUUCCCAGACCCAUCGCCACCGCCACUCCAAUUCCCACCCCCACCCCCACUCCAAUUCCUACCCCCACCUCCACUCCAAUUCCCACCCCCACCCCCAGUCUAUGCCCCAGCCGCGAACAACCUGGAGACCCGGAUUCCCUGUCAGCACUCCCUGCCCUGGGUUCCUGAGAAGCACUGAAGAGGAUAAGAACGUGGAGCUCGACGAGGCCCUGAAUAUAUGUUUAUGUGUGUAUGGGAUGGGGGGGCUAGCGAUAGCGGUGGUGGGGAAAAGGAGAGAGCCAGAGAGCUAUUCAGAUUUAGAAAUAAAAGCCUUACAAGGAUGAGGUUGGAGGAGCUUUUGUGACUUUGGAACCAAAGGGACUGAGGAGGGCCGAGGGGGCCAGGCACAUGGAGGGAAAGAGAGAAUUGCAGAAGCCCAUGCUGGGGAUGGAAGGAAAGUAUUCAAGGAGGUGACUGAGGGAGGGGAUGGGCCUGAGGAAUGGAGAAAUUGGCAGCUGUUUUCCCGGGGUCCUCGUCCCAAGAUGAGAAGAGCUGAAAACUCGAUAGAAUGGCUGGCUGACUCGGCAGUCAGAAGAGCCCCAACAGGUGAGAAGUACAGAAUAGGGCAGGGGUGGCUGGAGGAGAAUUCCCGUGACUAAUUCUGGGGAGAUUUGGUGGCUGCAGGCUCAGAAUAAAUCAGUCCUGGGAUCUGGGGAUUAAAAAGGCAACGAGAGCGAUGCACAUGUUUCCCAUUGUCUGGGCCGGGGAGUGCGCGGGACGUCCUGGAAUUAGAGUGAUUUGGGGUGGGGAAGGAGAAACGGAGAGAAUGUCGAUUCAGCUCUUCCGCCUGGUCCUCCUGACCUCUUA